CGUCAUUCUAAGUCGCCAACAACAUGUGCCUCGACUAUUUUGGCACCUGGCUAUAGCUCUGCGAAGUAUUCCCGCGCUGAUCGCCAAUCUGUAUGAGCUUCGAAUGGCAGUCACAAGCGCCUGUAAGCAAUGGGGCUAGAAGGCGUCUGGGAUAAGAGGCGGAGUAGCACUCAAAUUGGCACUCACCACCUCCUGAGCAGCACGAGGCCGAGUGCUCCGGACGUAUACCUGUGCGCCUCAGCAGUGGAUUUGAUGCAAAAUCCACGUCCUUCACCCAGCACAAGUCAACUCUCUGAUCCAACUUCCUCCUCGACACACUCUCAUGCACGAGUGAUCUGGGUGGACUGUCUAGCAAGGGGUUCGGAGGAGAUCAAGGGUCUAUGCAAGAGGUUGAGCGGCAAGGGAUUGGAUUGGAAAGGGUAUGCGGAGAGGGUGCAGGUGGUUGAUGCUUACGAUGGGGAUCGGGACUGGACAACGGGAAGUGCGGGCUCCGUCCAUGUGGGACACAGGGACGCAUGGUCAGAAGAGCUUCAUAGGCUAUUACGGAGGCUCGAGAGUUUGCUCGAAGGUGCAGCAAAAGAGGCAGGGCACACUGCAUCGCACGAUGCAAAGUGCUUGGUGGUGCUAGACGACCUGAACACGCUGGCAUGGGGCACAGCAUCGCCUCGCUCAAAAAUCUCGAGCUCCACCCCGCAAGGCGCCGACAGACGAUCGGUGCCGGCCGGUGCUCAAAAGGAACCUCAGAGGUUGUUGGCCGAAGGGAUGACUGCAUGGGUCGAGGAGCUCAGAUUGAUCUGCGAGCGUAACUCAGCAGCGCUCAUCACCCAUUUGCACGCGGACCACACGAGUAUCCUAGACGAUGCGCAUCAAGGCAUUUCUCGGGAGAGGGACAAAGCAGCUCGAGGAGCAGGACAGGGGUUCGAUGCGGACGAUGCGGGCGAGGAAGAUGCGGAUACGAACAUUGCCGUGCAGGUAGAGUCUUCCAGUUCCGAGUCUUCUUCCGACGAGCAAGGCAACGCUCAGGUGCAAAAGAAGGCGGUCAAGACCAGACCUCCCAUUCGAGCUGCGUUUGUGGACGCCUUCGAUGAUGAGCUCUUCUUGGGCGUGCUGAAGAAUGCAGAUGUGUGGGUGGAGAUGAGGUCGCUCAGGAGCGGAAGAGCUGUCGACUGUCAUGGAGAGCUCUGCAUCCACCCACUAGCUCGACCAAGCGCAGCGAUGGGCAAGUCCAUUCCUCCGCUUCCUCUCCCAAGCUCCUCCGACCCACUCCGCAAGCGCCGAAGGGCCUGGCGAGCCGCUCAUCCCGACUUCUCUUCUGGCGCACGCGCUCGCCAAGAAGGUGUUUUCAAACUGCAGGCGGCAUCGCAGUCGUCCGGGCUGGGCCGUGCGCUAGGGGCACAAUCAUUGCGGGAUAAAGAGCUGGAUGCGCCCGCGCAUUUUGCGGUGCGUAGCGAGAUAGUGGGCAGGAAGAACGCCGCCCUUUUCGAGCUGGUAGAGAUAGGCGCGAAAGGUCGGGGACGAGUAGAGGUCAGGUUGAGAAGACGGGCCGGAUCAGGAGCAUGAGGGCCAGCAACCUGAUGCGGGUCACAGGGCUCUCAGAAUCUAUCUCUCUUCGCUGUCCUGUAGUGCAUGGCUCUCACUUGUGCGAUCCGCGUGAGGCUGACUUCCGCCACUGUGGGGCGAGUGGAAGCCAACGUCUGGAAGGGUUGUUGCGAUUAUGACGGCUCCCUGUGCCAAUUUAU